AUGGCUACCGGUGAACAAAUCAGCUUAAUUGAUUACAACGACAAAGAUGGGGCAACCAAGCUUCCUCCUUUAAAUAAUUAUCAAGCAAAAAGGAAUUCUUGGGUGCACAGAACUUUUGGGCCAAUGAAACAAGGCUCUCUUACUCACCCCUCUGUGAGCGAACAAAGUCAUUGGAAAAUCCCUAUUUUUUGCCUAAAAAUCCAACCUCCGCGAGUAAGAAUUUUUUUUAUGAUUGAUAUAUAGUGGUAAUUAAUAUAAUGAAAUCUCUCGCUAAUUCUAUUUUAUUUUUAAACAUCUUUCGUCUUAAAACAUAAAAUUUACAAAUUGAAUUAAUAUUUGCUUUCCAAUUUUGCAAAUUGGGAUUUUUUAAAAUUUCGAAAAAAAUAUUAAUAAAAUUUAUAUAUAAAGUUUUAAAAAAAAAAUUUAAUCCUCUGUGCAAACAAAAUUUUUUGUUGUUCGCUCACGGAGGGGGAGUUAGAGGAUCUGUGUUUAUUCUGACCUCGACAGCAAUGGGUGCUGGAUAUCUAGCAAUACCCCUAUGUUUACUACAGGCAGGCUUAAUUUUGGGUCUGGCGAUUGUUAUUCUUUGUGCUUUCUUGAUGUAUUACAGUUUGAAAACCGUCAGUAAUUGUGCUAAAAAGUACAAUAUUUACCACUAUCCGACCGUCUGCAAAGAAAUGCUUGGAGUGAAGUGGGCCGUUCUAUUAGACACAGCAAUAAUUUUAAAUGGAAUCGGCCUAAUUAUCGCUUUAAAUAUAAUUGUCGGCGAAAUCGUCCCAAGUAUUUUCAAGUCUUUGAAUAUGAACUUUGACAGAGCACUAGAAAGAGACUUAAUUAUGCUAUUUUUAAAUGUACUUAUAGUUACACCUUUGGGACUUAUGAGAAAACUAACAACUCUCAGAUUCAAGGCUUUGUUCAACGUCAUUUGUCUGACUUUCGUUAUGCUUGUGGUAAUCAUAGAGUUCCCAUUUUUUGUUAAACAUAACAACUUUUCUAAAAUAAACUACUUUGUGGUCGACAUAAAUAUUUUCAGCGCUUUCUCAAUUGGAAUGUUUGCUUAUCUCUGUCAUCAGAACAUUGCAAGAAUUCAAGGGGAACUUUUUAAUCGAACAGAGCCAAGGAUGAAAAAAGUGACUCGAAACUCUAUAUACAUAAUGAGCUCUCUCUUCUGUAUCCUUGCCUUAUUUGGUUAUUUAUCCUGCCUCAAUGAUACCCCCAAUCUAAUCAUUAUGAGAAAAGCACCUGACAGCAUAGGAAACGACUGGGCUAUGGUGAUCGCAAGAUUCCUGAUUUCUUUUACGCUAACGAUAGCAAUUCCAAUAAAUUUGCUCCCUUGCAGAACGUCUAUUGAAAAAUUAAUAUUUAAAGUGGAUGGUACGUCGUCUUUAAUAAUGCAUUUGUCCAUAACUCUGACUACAAUUAUGGGCUGCAUGCUUAUAGCUAUGUUUUAUCCAAAUAUAACAGUCGUUUUUAAUUUUUUGGGAGGAUUUUGCGCUGGGGUUAUGGGGUUGAUAAUUCCAGGUCUAAUGUACAUCAAGCUUAGUGAACAACCGCUCACGACACCUCGAAAUCUUAUAGUCUUGAUUGCCAGCUGGACUUUGGCGAUAAUCGGGUUUACGAGUGUCAUUAUAGAUAUAGUGCAAGAAGCGAGCUAA